GUGCCUGUUUGCUGAUCGGACCUCUGCCGUGUUUGGUUAUCGGACGAAAAAGAGGAGCGGAAACCAAAGUUUGUGAAAGUUUACGUCUCAUGAAAGUCCCAGAAUGAAUGGCACAGCUUUCCCCAACUUUGACAAGCAGGAACACGUCCUGAAACUGGGAGAUACGUUUGAGAGUCAGCCGGAAAGUGCCUACCACACAGUGCGAUAUGACUUCAAACCAGCAUCCAUCGACACGGCCUGUCGAGGGGAGCUCGAAGUGGGCCAAGGAGAGCAGGUCACGAUCACUUUACCCAAUCUGGAGGGCUCCAGCGCUCCGGUCACGGUCUUCAAAGGCUCCAAGCGGCCCUACAUGAAGGAGUGCAUCCUGAUCGUCAACCACGACACCGGAGAGUUCCGGCUGGAGAAGCUCAGCAGCAACAUCGCCGUGAAGAAGACCCGGGCUGAAGGCAGCAGUAAGAUUCAGUCUCUUCUGGAGCAGCAGACCAGUCGGCUGAGUCAGCAGGUGAAGGGCGGCGGCGGCGGCGGCAGCAGGGUGUCCAGCUCCACCAGCCCCCCCCCCAAAGACAAAACCCCCCCGGUGUCUCCCAUGGACGACAUCGAGCGAGAGCUGAUGGCGGAGGCGCGGGUCAUGGACCAGCUGGGCAGCAGCGACAGCUCCUCCGACUCCAACAGCUCCUCGUCCUCCAGCAGCGACGCCAGCUCCAGCAGCAGCGACUCGGAGGACGAGCGCCCGCCCGCCGCGGCCGCCCUCCACAGCAUGCCCAUCAUCGGCGGCGGCGGCGGCGGCCAGCAGGACGAGAGCGGCGGAGGCAUCAUGAACACACUCAAAAACGACCUCCAGCUGAGUGAGUCCGGCAGCGAGAGCGACUGAGCCCAGAACCCGCCGACACACAUUCUGCACCGCACCUCCACGUCUCCCGGAGACCCCGGGCCCGCCGCUCUGCUCUGACGGGCCUCAGUUUCCCCGGAGGU